GUCGACUAACCCGCAGUGUCAAGAUGGUUUCCGCCAAGAAGCACGUCCCCAUCGUGAAGAAGCGCACGAAGCGCUUCGAACGUCACCAGAGUGACCGGUUCAAGUGCGUGGACCCCAGCUGGCGCAAGCCCAAGGGUAUCGACAGCCGUGUCCGACGACGCUUCCGCGGUACCAUUGCCAUGCCCUCUAUUGGCUAUGGCUCCAACAAGAAGACCCGCUACCUGACCCCCUCCGGCCACAAGGCCUUCCUCGUCAGCAACGUCCAGGACGUUGAGCUUCUCCUCAUGCACAACCGAACCCACGCUGCCGAGAUCGCCCACAACGUCUCGUCGAGGAAGCGAAUUACCAUCAUCGCCCGCGCGAAGCAACUAGGCGUCAAGGUCACGAACCCCAAGGCGAAGGUCACCACCGAGGUUUAAAAGGGAAAUUAGGGUCGGUUUUUGGGCUGCUUUACGGGGUUAUGCAUUCGGAAAGGGGUUUGCGUUGCCUUGCGGUUUCUGGCAUAUACCUUUCAUGCUAGAGAAAUAAAAACGCGCCGUUGAACGACAAUUCAAGCCAACACUAGCAUCAUCCGCUUGACAAAGACGACGACUAUUUUCCCUUCCCUUCCCUUCGGAAAGUCUUGAACUGAUUAAGGCGCUAAGGAGGGGCGUGGUGAAGGCUGGUGUGAUUGCGGAUGAGGCCAUGAAAAUAGAUACAAUCCCUCCAUGGGCCAUUUCUUGUUACUGUGUUGUCUGUCCUUUGCAUGAAAAUGAUUGUGAGAGU